AUGAAUGUCAAUCAAUAUGUCGAAUCAACAGCUUAUGAUCUCAUAGCUUCCAUACUAAACCUUAUCAAUAAAUCACUAUUAGUAUUGAUUCCAAAUAUUAUCAGACUUGCGCAAACGUACCCAAACAUUGCUCAACUGUUUACAAUUAGCAUAGUUAGUAUUAUUCUUUACAAACUGCUUAUUCAAAAUUUAAUUAAAAUGAUUAAAUGGACUAUUAGGAUCCAAGUGUUAUUGUUAUUUUUUUACAUUUACAUAAGCGGAUGGGAAAACUUUGUUUUUAGAGAUAUUCCAAAUUUCCAAAAAAUUAUAAAUAAAGAUGAGAAUAACAUUAAAUUAUUAUUUCGAGAUUUAUAUCAUUACAUUUUAAAAAAUUUACCUAACCAGCAAAAAAUGUUUGUAGAACUAGGAAUGAAUCUAUCUAAUUCGUUUUCCGAAAAAUUUAGCAAUGACAUAGGUAACUUCACAAUGUCUUUGUUAAAGAAAUUAGUCUAA